AGAUCAUUCAAAUAAUAACUUACAAUGCUAUUAACAACGCGUUUCUAUUAAUUGUCCCGGUCGGAGUAGACCUCUCAAACUCAGUCAUGAAAAACCUUAACAAUUUAAUCGGAUUUUUGAAUUCUAAUGAUUAUCGGUUCUACCCAGAUGGCAAUCUAAACGGUACCUUUAAAAAUGUAACAUAUCAAAUGGAUGCAUUUGAGGUGGAUGAAGGAUUCAAGGCAUGGGUCUUUAUAGUUAUCUUGGCCACUUUUUUUGCUCUCG